AUUGGUCCGAGGGACUGGUUAACGUGUUCCGGAGCCCAUAAGCGGCCUCUCCCGCGCCGCACCCGCAAUCCGCCGGAGCUUCAGACGAACCCUGACGGAGGGGAGCUGGGUGCGAACUCACGCAGACCAUCGAGAGCCGGCACUCGCGGUCCGCCGCCGCCUCUCUGCCUAAUGAGCUGCACCAGAAUGAUCCAGGUUUUAGAUCCGAGGCCUUUGACAAGUUCAGUCAUGCCAGUGGAUGUUGCCAUGAGGCUCUGCUUGGCUCAUUCACCACCUCUGAAGAGUUUCCUGGGCCCGUAUGACCUCCAACGAAGACAUUUUGUGAACAAGUUAAAGCCUCUGAAAUCGUGUCUCAAUAUAAAGCAGGAAUCCAAAUCACAGAAUGAGUGGAAGCAUUCACAUGACCAGGCCAAGAAGCGGGUUGUGUUUGCUGACUCCAAGGGGCUCGCUCUCACUACCAUCCAUGUCUUCUCAGACCUCCCAGAAGAACCCACGUGGGAUCUCCAGUUUGAUCUCUUGGACCUUAAUGAUAUCUCCUCUGGCUUAAAACUCCAUGAGGAGAAAAACUUGAUUUUAGAUUUCCCACAGCCUUCAACUGAUUACUUAAGUUUUCGGAACCAUUUUCAGAAGAAUUUUGUCUGUCUGGAGAACUGCUCUUUGCAGGAGCGAACGGUGACUGGAACUGUGAAAGUGAAAAACAUGAGCUUUGAGAAGAAGGUUCAGAUUCGUAUCACUUUUGAUACCUGGAAAAGCUACACUGAUGUGGACUGUGUCUACAUGAAAAAUGUGUAUGGUGGCUCAGAUAGUGACACCUUCUCAUUUGCCAUUGACUUACCCUCUGUCAUUCCAACAGAGGAGAAAAUUGAGUUCUGCAUUUCUUACCAUACUAAUGGGCAGGUCUUCUGGGACAACAACGAGGGUCAGAAUUACAGAAUUGUCCAUGUGCAAUGGAAACCUGAUGGAGUGCAGACACAGAUGGCAUCUCAGGACGGUGCAUUCCACCAGGUCCCCCCCAAGACUGAGUCAGAGUCCCCCAUUUUUGGCAGUCCAAGGCUGGCUAGUGGGCUUUUCCCAGAAUGGCAGAGCUGGGGGAGAAUGGAGAACUUGGCCUCUUACCGAUGAUUAAGUAACUUAGUGACUGGUUUUGACCUGGUGCAUUUCCCAUGUAAUUCUAGGUCUGUAUUGCUCAAUAUUAGGAAGUCUGUGCUACUUGCCUUACUGGGUUUAGUUUUGAGCUUUUGAGACCUGGCUACAAAAAGACCAGCUUCUUGAGAAUUUACUGUUGCAGUCUGUACGAUGAUACUGUUUUGCUUUGGAGGAUCAGGUAACAUCCUAGAACCCUGUUUCUGUUCUAAAAAGUAAUACGUUCAAUGCCCUUUUUCCUCCCCUCUCAAUUCACAAACUUUCACGUUGGGCAAGGAAAGGUUGGAAAGGACCGUUGAUGGUGAUGGAAAGCUGUUUUAAUGGUAUGAGAAAUGUCUGAAAAGUGCACACAAAAGGGCUCUGCAGCUCACGUCAGAGUAGGAGCAGUCUGAUACUUCACUGUUGGUGAGAAAAUGUAAGGUUACUUUGUGUUUUUAAGUUGGUUUUACAGUUCUCUCCUAAGGAAAUAAUUUGUGUGUGGGGGGGAAGAGUCCAUGUUAUAUAUUCUUGUGGAGAAAAACCAAACUUCAGAGGUGUUGGGAGGUUUUGGGGAAAGGUGAAUUAAACUCUGGAGAAGCAAGAUUUUAAAUGAAGCUUUUCAAAUGUGAUCUAUGAAAAACACGAUUUGGGGAAAGUUUAAGCAAAUCUGGCUUUGCAGUCCUCAGGUUAUGAGUGAUCUUGUUUGUGAUCAAGGCGUCAUGCUCAGGGACUCAGUAAAAAGAUGGCUCUUUGCAAGGGCCUUGAUUGAGCCAGAAUACUGUGUUGAUCCCAAAUAUCUGAAGGGUCAUCUGAUAACUCACAAGUGUUUGACUUCACAAGAAGGUCCACUCUGUAUAUUGGCAUACCUUUUGCAAUACUGUUGUAUCUUUGAGAGUGUUGCCAGUGUAUACAACUUGCAUCCUUCAUAUUGAAGGUGACUCAUUUUUCUGCCACUUCUUCCAUGUGAUAUUGGAAGUGAGGACUGAAACCGAUUCUCAAUUCAAGAAUCCAGUACUUUGCACAUCGAAGCAGCAAUCUAUUGUGCCUAUUUGUUUUAAGUCUUUCUACCAAUUUCUUUGAAGGACAAAUAUUUUUUUUAAAUAGAUGUGAAUUGUUUGGAUUGUAAUAGAAUUGUUUUGUCCUCAAAUGUUGGCUUCUGUCAUUGUGCACAUCCAUUGAGAGGUAUUCAGAGAAUGCAGUUAAUUUUAACAGGUGUGAUCUGCUAUGCUGGAAGAGUAUAUUGGAAUAAUUCUGCUAUGACAGUGUUUGUGGUUGGGCUAGCACACCCACAGUUUUUCUAAGUAUUUCACUGUCCUAUAGCUAUCCUUUGUGAACUUUUCUUUAAAAAUAAAAGCCGUUUGAUACAA